AUGAAAGUCCGAAACCACAGUCACCAUCAACAGCACAGCAGUAGUAGGAGCACGAGAGCAGCCAUGUCCAUGGGUGGACCGAAGAGUGACCGAGGUGGACAGCAAACCGUCCGGAGCAGAACGACAAGUGGGCGAAGGUGGCGAACGGUGUUGUCCAACAGCAACAGCAACAGCUGGUGGAGAAGCAGCAGUAGUGCUGUGCCUCGACAGAAUGACAGCAACACACUGACGACGAAGCGACGUCGGUACAGAGACGUGAAUGCGCGACUAAAGUGUUGCUUGCCCGGGUUGAGCAGCAGUUCAGCCCUCACGAUCGCGUUGUUGAUCGCGCUGCAACUGGUCGCACUGCAACCGACCGUGCUGCACUGUGCCAAAACGUUCUACAUGCACUGGAACACGACGAACAGCAUCUUUCGGAUCGACAACACGGACCACAUCAUCGACGUGAACAAGGGCAACUCACAGUUCGAGUACGAUCAGGUGCAUAUCAUCUGCCCGGUGUACGAGCCGGGCACGUUCGACAACGAAACGGAGAAGUACAUCAUCUACAACGUGUCGAAGGUGGAGUACGAAACGUGCCGUAUCACGAACCACGAUCCACGCAUCAUCGCGAUCUGUGACAAACCGAACAAGCUGAUGUUCUUCACGAUCACGUUUCGCCCGUUCACACCGCAACCGGGCGGCCUCGAGUUCCUACCGGGCAAUGACUACUACUUCAUCUCGACCUCGUCAAAGGACGAUCUGCACCGGCGGAUAGGCGGUCGCUGUACCACCGACAACAUGAAGGUCGUCUUCAAGGUGUGCUGUGCUGAUGAUCAGCAACAGCAGCAACAACACCACGGCCAUCUUCCCUCCAAUGGGACGGUGCUGGGUGGCGGCCAUGAUGGUGUUGGUGGUAGUGGUGGUGCCAACAACACCAUCUCGAUCGAUGCGUUCGAUCCGAACUCGCGGUUGUUGCCACCGGCCAUCAACACGAGCCAGGGUAACAUCGUGCAGAACACGGUGAACUGGCCGGUGUGGAACGAUGGUCAGCAACAUCAGCAACCGCCGCAUCUACCACCACACGUGCGUCCACCACCCGCAACACCUGCGAUCGGUGCGAAUGGGCGGCACAAUCAUCACUACACCGCGUCGCCACCGCGCACCUCCAUCAACAGUGGCACGGGGCUGGGUGCCGGAACCGGAUACGGAAACGGUAACACUAAUAACCAUAACUACAACAUCAACAGCCCACCGUCCAAUGCGCAUCCGGGCCAGAGCAAGCCGACCAAGAAGACGAAGGAGUACGACAAACACCCGAACGAGGUGGUGAAGAACGAAGAGCUGACGUACAACAACGGGGCGGGUGGGAUCGUGGCCCGGCGCGGGGCUCACGUGGAGGUCCUGGCCGUUGCGUUGCUGCUGGUGGCGCUAGGGUUGCGCAGUCCCACCACUAGAGGGCGCUGCUGGAGCUGA